AUGUCUGGCGCCCGGCAAUGGCUUGUUGAAAGACCUGGGGCAGCAUCCGUCAUAUUCGGGCUGCCGGGCGUCGAAGCUCGCUCGUCUGGUGAGGGAAGAGGCCUUGGACUGUUCGCGACCCGUGCAAUUCCAGCAUUCAGCAAGAUAUUGAGUGACCCACCUCUGAUCUUAAUGAAGCCCACGGAUGACCUUCCUCAGCUGUACGAACAAUUUCAACAUCUAUCGAAAGAUUCACGAGAUACAUAUCUCUCGCUUAGCUACAACAAAGAUGAUCCCAAGCGCGAUGCCAUGCUCAGGGAUAAGCUCCUCAAGCGAGGCUUCCGCGAAGGUCUAACAGAGAUGGCCAAUGUAGCAAGUAUAAUGCAGACCAACGCUUUCAAUGUGGAUCUCAACGAUGGCAAAGGCUCGACUCAUCGUGCCCUAUUUGCAAAAAUUGCCAGAAUCAAUCACUCCUGCGCACCAAAUGCGCACGUCUGCUUCUACAGACCAUCAAAUCCCGAUUCUAGAGGCCACAUGGUCGUACACACCCUCGCACCUCUGCAAGCCGGCGAAGAAAUCCUCAUCUCAUACUUCAACAUCUUGCUGCCCCGACAGGAAAGACAAACCAAAGCUUCCAAAUGGGGAUUCUCUUGUCAAUGUCCAAUAUGCGACGAAUCAUCAGACUCUCACGCGAAUAACGAGACGGCCCGAAAGGAAAUCAGAGAAUUUACCGCCCAACAGGCUCGCAUGAUGCAAAACGCUCGCACCCCAAUCAAAACUCUCCACGCCGCAUGCGAACGCGGAGAAACCAUCAUCUCACAGACGCUGGAGACCAGCGCUCUAUAUCCCGCAUUACCAGAMCUUUUCGAUGCUCUGGGUAUGCUGCAAGCAAAACUCCUCAUCGAGCAAAAACGAGAGACGGAGCGAGAACAUGUCGUUGCACAUUUGAAGAGUGCUGCACUAUGGGAAGCACGUAUUACCGGGCCUGAUAGUCCAGCGACGAUUGAUCGACUGGCAAAACUUGGGAAAUUCGCCAGUCGAAAGGGUCAUGUUCAUGACUUUCGUAUUGAAAGGAGUGCGGGCGGCGAAUUGGACGUGGUUUGA